UCUCCGUGCUGCCAUGUCCGAGGCGUAUUUCCCCGUGGAGUCGGGCGCUCUGGGACCAGAGGAGAACUUUCUGUCCCUGGACGACAUCCUAAUGUCACAGGAGAAGCUGCCGGUGCGCGUCGAGACGCCCAUGCCGCGGCUGGGCUCUUUCUUCCUGGAGCGGGGCGCGAGCGCCGAGCCGGACUACGCGCUCCCACAGGGCACAAAACUUGAGCUUCCCUUGUGGCUAGCUAAAGGGCUAUUUGACAACAAGCGACGCAUCCUUUCUGUAGACCUUCCCAAGAUGUACCAAGAGGGAUGGAGGACUGUGUUCAGUGCAGAUGCUAAUGUUGUGGACCUCCACAAAAUGGGGCCCCAUUUCUAUGGGUUUGGCUCCCAACUCCUGCAUUUUGACAGUGCAGAGAAUGCAGAUAUCUCCCAGUCUCUGCUGCAGACUUUUAUUGGACGGUUCCGCCGUAUCAUGGACUCCUCCCAGAAUUCUUACAAUGAAGACACUUCAGCACUGGUAGCCAAGUUAGAUGAGACAGAGAGGGGCUUAUUUCAAGUAGGACAGAAAGGUCUGAAUGACUUUCAGAGUUGGGAAAAGGGUCAAGCUUCUCAGAUCACAGCCUCCAACCUCGUUCAGAAUUAUAAGAAGAGAAAAUUCACGAAUAUGGAAGAUUGAAAAGCCGAACAGAACUGCAACGUGUGGAUUUAUGUAUGUCAUUGAUGAGACCUAGUUAACUUCACGGGAGACCCA